AUGGUUUCGGGAUCGCUAAAGAACGUUGAGAACCCAGGAUGGAACACCAUCGCGUUGCACGGCGGUCAAGAGCCAGAUCCUAUUAACGGUGCAAGAGCUGCUCCUAUUUAUCAAACCUGCGCCUACAAUUUCGAAGAUGCCGCCGACGGUGCGGGCAAAUUCGCCUGGUCCAAGGAUGGCUACGUCUACACGCGCAUGGGCAAUCCAACAAACACCAUUUUCGAGACCAGAAUGGCCAUGCUCGAAGGGGGUGUCGGGGCCGUAGCGACCGCUUCAGGACAUGCUGCUCAGUUCAUGGCCAUCACCAAUUGCUGUCAGCCGGGCCACAACUUUGUCAGCACCAGCUGGCUCUACGGCGGCACGUACAACCAAUUCAGAGUCUACAUGAAAAAGUUCAAGAUCGCCGUCAAGUUCGUCCAAGGCGAUGACCCCACCGAUAUCAAAAACACGAUUGAUGAAAACACCCGAGCCGUCUAUAUUGAGACCAUCAGCAAUCCAAAGCACAACAUCCCUGACGUCGCGGCCAUCGCAAAGGUCGCCCACGACGCCGGCAUCCCUCUGAUCAUCGACAACACCUUUGGCAUGGGCGGCUACAUCUCCCGUCCCAUUUCACUCGGUGCCGACAUCGUCACCCACAGCUGCACCAAAUGGAUCGGCGGCCACGGCACGAGCAUGGGCGGUAUCGUCAUCGACGGAGGCCACUUCGACUGGAGCGCCAGCGGCAAAUUCCCCGAAUUCACGGAGCCCGCCGACGGCUACCACGGCAUGCGGUUCUGGGAGACGUACGGGAACAAAGCCCUCGCCGCCAAGCUGCGCAUGGACUCCAUGCGCGACCUGGGCCCGUGCAUGAGCCCUUUCAACGCCUGGCUCUUCCUCCAAGGCUUGGAGACCCUGCCGCUCCGGGGCCAACGCCACGUGGAGAACUCGCAGGCUUUCGCCGAGUGGCUCGAGGCGCAUCCGUGCGUCAGCUGGGUGCUCUACCCGGGCUUGAAGUCCCACAAGGAUUACGAGCGAGCGCGGACGACGAUGCCGAACGGCCCUGGCGGCGUGCUUACCUUUGGCGUGGCGGGGAAUAUCGAUGAAGUGAGGGCCGUCGUCAACAACCUGAAACUCUGCAGCCAUCUCGCCAACGUCGGCGACGCAAAGACCCUCAUCAUCCACCCGUGGGUCACCACGCACCAGCAACUUCCCGACGAAGAGAAGAUCAAAGGCGGCGUCACGCCCGAUCUGAUCCGUGUCAGUCUCGGCCUGGAAGACAUCAAGGACAUCAUCUUCGACUUCCAGCAAGCCUUUGUCGCCGCCGGGCUGCAACCGGCCGAGAAAGGCGUCGAUCCUUUCCAGACCGCUUCCGGUCUCGUCAAGUCUGGCUUCAUGGGCAAGUGGGCCACGAGUGCCCCGAAGCCCGGGACGGACGGGUCGGAAGGUUGGGCCGAGAGGAAUGGGGGGAAGGGGGCGGAGGAGAAGGGAGAUGCGAAUGGGAUCGAGAAGAAAGAGGAGGCGGAUGGGACGGAUAAGAGGCGUGAGGCUGCACCUACGGAUGCCGUGGAUGCCACCCAGGCUGAGUCCAAGAUGACUAUGGCUACCAGUGCUUGA